UUUGUGGUGCACCACGACCGUUGCGGGCUCAAGGUGGGCACCGACACCAUCUACUUCGCCGCCUACGCCGCCCAGUCACACUGGUUCGGUUCGGGGCAACCGCGAUCGGCGCUGGACAUUGGGUCGGGAACGGGCCUGCUCUCCCUCAUCCUCUCGCACCGCUUGCCCUCGCUCGAGUUGGUUCACGGGGUGGAGCUUGACGCCGAUGCGUACGAGCAGACCGCGGGCAACUACGACCUCUCGCCAUGGCGAGGCAAGAUGCGGGCCUUCCACACCUCCUUCCAGGACUACGCCCGAACAUUCACACAACCGGAGAACGAAGAAGGGUUAACAGUGCGCGCCGAAGCGGGUUUCCCGCUCUCGCAGGGCUUGACGGGCGAGGUGUUGCUGUUCUGA